CACAUCGAUGCAUUGUCAUCUGCUUGGAUCUAAGGGGCUAGGGAGCGAGGGCAUGGGCGGGUCGCAGGCUGUGCAUGCCUGCCGAACACCAGGCAACGCCAGUCACUUCAAGCUUACUUGAUUGACACAUUUAGCGACAUACUUUGCUACACACAUCUGAGUCCAGAAAGAGCGGGAACGACAGCCGAAAAGCCCUUGCCCCACAACAGCUCGCGCCUUGCUUCUCAUGCUUGCUUCUUGCGCGAUGUAACAUCUGACGCAGGAUAUUCUUAUCAAUAGAUCAUAAUUGGGCCACCUAGCAGAGAUGAACGGCCCAAAGAACGCGUUUGCGCUGCUGAUGCGGGGAGCAAAGUCGCAGGAGGGCCUUACGGCCAGCACUCAACGGCCGCCUGCGAACCGGCCCUCCGCUGCGGCCGCGCCUUCGCGCCCGCCUGCUCGGGCGCAAGGAGGUCAGCUCCAUCUGGACCUUGGGCAGCGCGACUUCGCUGUGGCCACGUGCCCCACCUGCGGCAUGAUGUACGGCAAGGGGCUGGCGGAGGAGGAGCGGCUGCACGACAGCUUCCACAACGCCCAUGGUGCCGUGUUCAGAUUCCCGGGCUGGGCGGCGGAGCGCGUGUUGCUGCGGGGCGGGGGCGACAGCCGCAGCCGGCUGCUGUGCGUGCUGCCGACCGACCCGCCCGCGCACUGGCGCAAGGUGGUGGAGAUGUGUGGGCGACUGGACAAGGUGCUGGGGGUGCCGGAGGGACACCUGCUGGCGCCGCAGCCGCCCUGCAAGGUGUUUGUGUGGGUGUCGCAGGAGGCGCCGCCGUCCGGCAGCGGCGGGGCCGGCAGCAGGAGUGGCGGGGGCUGCGGCGGCGGCAAGGGCAGGUGCGGCCGGGUGGUGGGUGUGCUGGUGGCGCAGCUGCAGAGCCGCGCACAGCGCCGCCUGCUGGUGGCGGGCCCUGCUGCACAGCCCCAAGGGCAGCGGUCGCGGUCGCACCCGAAACAGCAGCACCCGCAACAGCAACACCCGCAACAGCAGCCACACGUCUCGGACGGGCGCAGCGGCAGUGCUACCAGGCCCCAGGCGUCCCAGUCCCAGUCGCGGUCACAGCAUCCGACGCAUCCGACGCCGGCGGUGCAGCAGCUGCCCCAGCCGCAGGCCAAAGGGCCGGACGCAGCCACGGCUGCGCCCUCAGCCGCGCAGCAACUGGAGCUGGAGCAGGAGCAGCAAGAGGCGGACAGUGAGGCGAGGUCGGGGGUUGCGGGCGGACAGCAGGCAGCCGAAGAAGGGCCGCACGCCGCGCGCGCCGCCAAGCGGGCGCGUGUUGGCGAAGCCAAAGCGGGGCCCACUGCUACUAGUGCUGGCUCUGGAAGCGCGGGCGGCGGACAGCAGGGUGUUGUGGGGUCAGCACAGGGCCACGCGCCACGGGCCGACACUUCUGCCGUGGCCGUACCGGAGGCGCGUGCUGGCUCGGCAGCAUCGGCACCAGCAUCGGCGGCUGUGGUGGCUCGCGCUGUGCUGGGUGUGCGGGGUGUGUGGGUGGAGCCAGGCUCCCGACGGCGCGGCAUCGCGCGGCGCAUGCUGGAUGCAGCCAGGGCCUGCGUGGUGCCUGGCUUCCUGGCGGCGCGGACCCAGGUGGCGUUCAGUGCCGGUGCCGCAGCGGCGGCGGCGGGCGAGCCAGACGGCGGCGCGGCCUUUGUGGCUCUGGCUGCAUCGUACGGCAGGGCUGCUGGCGGCGCCGGCACGGACACGGGGACUGCCACUGCUGAUGCUGUCAAGGUUCUGAGUACGGGCCACGCCGGGGAGGCGUGGGCGCUGCUGUAUGACGACGCUUGAGGGUGCGACUUAUUGACUCCUUACUGCCGUGUAGCGUUACAAACCGCCACGGCCCCAAACGACAAUCCCA